AUGGGGAAACCACCUUACAAAUACACGGACUCAGAAACUGAUGACUCUUGUUCUUCCACGGAGGAUAAGAAGAAAAAGAAGUUCUCUAUCCUCAAAUACACGAACGGAAACGUAAAGAAGAAGAAAUGUAAGAUCCACAGCAAGUCGGAGCCUGAAGAUUCAGACCACCCCAUCAGGAGUCGCAGCAGCCAGAGAGUGAGAUACAAGCUACCAGGCAUACUGAAGAACUCCACCUAUGAGAGAGAUUAUUAUAUAGACUCUGCAUCUGUAUCUCCAGCAUCUGAAGACGAGGAAAGUGAGCCGGUGAAGCCACGGCGUCAGGAUAGAUGCCUGGUGGGGCGGGUGCCCCGGCCUGCGGGGGCGAAGCCCGGCAGGGGCGGAGGCGUCGCCAUCAUCGUUAAGAAGAAUGUCAGUGAUCAUUGCAGGUUUACGAAGAUCGUCAGAGCUCGGCGACUGGCUCCAAAGGGAAAAAGUCCUCACACCGGAAGAUGCUAUCGAAGAAGCGAUCUUAUUGAUUAA